GCCACCUGUCAGCGUCCAUCACUGCCUUGUGUCAGUGCUCAUCAGUGCCUCGUGCCAGUGCCCAUCAGUGCCACAUCAAUGCCACAAAUCACUGCCUACCAGUGCACAUCAAUGCCACAUAUCAGUGCCCAUCUGAGCUGCCUUUCAGUGUCACCCAUCAGUGCCAGUCAGUGCCACCUAUCAAUGCCAAUCAGUGCCACCUAUCACUGCCAUGCCCAUCAGUGCCACCUAUCAGUGUCCAUCAGUGCAUCCUAUCAGUGCCCACCAAUGCAGCCUCAUUAGCGCAUAUCAGUGAAGGAGAAAAAUCACUUAUUUACAAAAUUUUAUAA